GGAGCGGCCGACGCGCCUGCACCGCAUCUCCCCACACACGUUCCGCCUUCAUCCGCGUCCGCUCCUGACAUGGAUUCUAUUUAACCCGUCGAGAAACAAGCACUUUUUUUUUUUUUUUUAAUUUAUUCGCAACCGGGACAUUUGUGUCGAAAGUCAGCAUAAUGAUGGAGUACUGGAGGCAAUGCGCGCUGUGGCUGAUCAACUGCAAGGUGCUUCCAGCCAACCACAGGGUGACAUGGGAGUCCGCGCAGGUAUUCGACCUGGCCCAGACGCUCCGGGACGGGGUCCUGCUGUGUCAUCUACUCAACAACCUCAGACCCCAAUCCAUCAACCUAAAAGAGAUCAACCUCCGACCGCAAAUGUCACAGUUCCUCUGCCUGAAGAACAUCAGGACGUUCCUGGCGGCGUGCGGCGACGUUUUCGGCAUGAGGAAAAGCGAAAUGUUCGAAGCCUUCGACCUUUUUGACGUCAGGGACUUCGGAAAGGUUAUGGACACACUAUCGAAACUUUCACACACUGCACUUGCACAACAAACUGGGAUCAGGCCUUUUCCAACAGAGGAGAGUCUGGAAGACGAGGAGAUCUACAACCACCUGGAGGAUCUGAUAGACGAGAACGGCGUGGAGGAUGAGGAGGAUCUGUACGACUGUGUGUAUGAUGAUGAAGACGGCGGGGAGAUCUAUGAAGACCUGAUGAAGACAGAGGCCAUCCCUCCUCCGGCGUUUCAGAAACAGGCCGAGACCGACAUCAGGAGCUGCUGUUUAACAGAGAUCAAGCAGACGGAGGAGAAGUACACCGAGACCCUGGAGUCCAUAGAGAAGCACUUUAUGACGCCCCUCACCAUGUAUUUAUCCGUGGCCGAGAUGGAGAAGGUGUUUGUGAAUAUCCCGGACCUGGUUAAAGUUCACAAAUGUUUACUGCUUGAAAUCCAAGACUCAGUCGUACACAGAAGUGCCCAAAACCUUUUCCAGAUCUUUAUCACUUUUAAAGAGAGGUUAUUGAUCUAUGGGAAAUACUGCAGCCAUGUGGAGACAGCCAUCGCCACCCUAGAUGAUAUUUGCAAAGACAGAGAGGACGUUCGUAUGAAGUUAGAGGAGUGUUCAAAGAGAGCAAACUAUGGAAAGUUCACACUGAGGGAUCUUCUAGUGGUUCCCAUGCAGCGAGUGUUGAAAUAUCACCUCCUCCUCCAGGAGCUGGUGAAACACACUCAUGAUUCUACAGAUAAAACCAACCUGCGGAAAGCGCUGGAUGCAAUGAAGGACUUGGCUCAGUAUGUGAACGAAGUCAAAAGAGACAACGAGACGCUGCGGGAAAUAGAUCAGUAUCAGAAUUCCAUCGAAAACCUGAAUCAGUCACUGAGAAACUACGGGAGACCUAAAGGUGACGGCGAAGUACGGGUGUCCUCGGUGGACAAACGCGCCAAACAGGACCGGCACAUCUUUCUGUUCGAUGCCGCCGUGAUCGUCUGUAAGCGUCGUGGAGACAACUACGAGAUGAAAGAAAUGAUCGACCUGCACCUCUUCAAGAUCACUAACAACCCGACGUCGGAUAAAGAAAACCGAAAGUGGUCCUAUGGAUUCUACCUCACUCAUAACCAGGGUCAGACCGGCUUUGAAUUCUUCUUCAAGACCAAAGAGCUGAAAAAGAAGUGGCUGGAGCAGUUUGGCAUGGCCAUAUCCAACAUUCGCCCAGAAAACGCCACCAACAACCACCAUGAGUUUCGUAUGCACACCUUUGAAAGAAUCACCUCCUGCAACUCCUGCCACAUGCUGCUGAGGGGCGUCUUUUACCAGGGCUACCUGUGCUCAAAGUGUGGUCUUGGUGCUCAUAAAGAAUGCCUGGGCCGCUUCGGAUGCUGCGGAAAAACAGAUCCGGGCUCCGUCAGAACUCAGGUUAAGGAUCGAGAUACAGGUUUACCGAAGAUGCUGGUCAUCAGAAACUACUUUGGCGUCCCCAGCCCCACCUCUGGCCCCGCCCUCACCAUCCAGACAGGGGACAUCAUCGAGCUGAUCUGUGCUGAUCUACACAGCCCCUGGUGGCAGGGCAAAAUCCUGUCGACGAAAGAGGUUGGAUUCUUUCCAAGUGAUGCUGUGAAGCCUUGCCCAUGUGUACCGAAGCCCGUCGAUUACUCCUCUCAGCCUUGGUUUGCUGGACCCAUGGAGAGGUUCCAGGCGGAGGCCGAACUCAUCAAUAAGGUCAACAGCACCUAUCUGGUCCGCCAUCGCAGCAAAGAGUUCACCGAGUACGCCAUUAGCAUAAAGUACAACAACGACGUGAAGCACAUAAAGAUCCUGACCAAGGAGGGCUGCUUCCACAUCGCAGAGAACAAGAAGUUCAGGAGCAUAUUAGAGUUGAUUGAAUACUACAAACACCACUCACUGAGGGAAGGUUUCAGAAGUCUGGACACCACGUUGCAGUACCCGUACAGGGAACCGGAGAACGCUGCCGUGCACCGCAUCAACCGGUCGGGUGGAAACUUUUUUACCCCUAAAGUGAUAGGCGUGGCCAUAGCGAGGUACGACUUCAGCUCCAGAGACACCCGCGAGCUGUCGCUGCAGGAAGGCGACGUGGUGAAGAUCUACACCAAGUCAGGAGCCAACGGAUGGUGGAGGGGCGAGGUCAAUGGCAGGGUCGGCUGGUUUCCGUCCACAUACGUAGAAGAAGGCGAGGAGUGAAAGCUUCGCCGUGGAAGGAAGAGUACGAAUGGCAGCGGCGGCGUGAGCGGACUGAGCGCGUGCAGACCGCCGAGCGGGCUCGUGCACCACUGCUUGCUCCAGUGUUACUUUUCAGAGCAGAGGUGCCGGUUUUCAGCCUCCGUCACGGAGCACCGUUGCCUAAAACCCACUCCAGAGGCCUCUGGGACGGAAGGAAGGGCUACAGUACAUUGCAGAUGCAAAGACGCCCCAUCAUUUCUGGUUGACUGUGCAGUUAAGCGACUCCACCCGCUAGCAGCUUGGCUGUCAGCGGGGCUCGAGUCUUGGCCAGACGCCGCCUCCUCCUCCUCUGACUUCAUCCGUCCAUCCAUAAUUCACCUUCUUCGUCUUCUUCUGUGAGCGUCCCAGCCCCCAACUCCCACCUGUUUCUGCUUGCCAAGUCGGCCGUCGCCAGUCUGUCAAAAAGCAGAUACUUUCCCAUUCAUGCACUCAUCCAUCCAUCCAUCCAUACACCCUUCCUCCACGCCCCCACAUCCUGCGGGAAAUGAGUCGUCUCAACCGGAAAAGACCCACCAAGUGAAGUCCAAUCCAUCCCUUUCAGCCUGUUUUUGACCUUCGGCGUGUUUGUUUCACCAUCGCAGGGGGUUUUAUUGACGACUCUGUGACCCAGAUUCUCACCCACUCGGCCUCAGAUUAUGAUCAACUCCACACUCACUCAUCCAGGAGAUGUACCAUGGGGAUGGCGUCGGGUAGGGAUAGCAUCGCCACGCACUGCCAGCAACUGAUCGCUGUUGUUCCUAUUUUCCUCCCGCCGCCUACAUUCUUUAUCUCCACCCCAGCCUCUCGUGUUAUUUGUUUUUUUGUUUUUUGUUUUUUUUUGUAGUCAUCUUGGCUGUUAGCAAGCCUCUGCUCUUAUCGGUGGCAGCUUUGACGACAGGAGCCCGUUCGCUGAGGGUUUAUCUUAUUGGAGGCAUUACCGGCAAGCUGCGCUACCUGGAAGCCGCCUGAACCCUUUAACCAUAGAGCAAGAAGAGAGAAAUGGAUGAAACACUCAGGCAGACCCAGUUUGUUUUCCUCUUAAUCUCCUCUGUCUUAUUCUUUUCCCACUUUCUUUGCUUUCUCAACCCGUCGUCAUUCGUGUGUGAUGCAGUUUCAUCAACGCUCGAUUCGUGACACUUGAUUUUAACCUUCAAACUAAAAUAUUUUGGCUCAUACAGUUAUGAUUUUGCAAGAAAAAAACCUGAAUCUUACAAGUAUUUAGCAGCUUCAAUCCACCAGAACAGUUUAAAGAUCUUUUUCUGCUGCUUAUAUCUUAAUGUCCUCCUUCUUGGCCCAUUCUCUGCUGCUUUCCACCCUCAUCCCCCCAUCCACAUUAUACACACUGUCUUCUUAAUCCACAGCGAAAGAGGAUUUUCCCACAUUUGGGGAGAGUAAAUACCUUUACAGCAAAACACGCUGCACAACACCUUCGUACUGUUAACACACUCCAAUAUCAACGUCAUGCACAGGAGGACCACUUCCAAAAAACGUGAUCAACGCAAACCUGAAGGUGGAGCUAGACCUCCUCAGCAGCAGAGUUUUAAUCAUUUAGGGAUGUGCUGAAACAUUGAUUUUCACAUCCAACAGCAAAGAAAGACAUAUUAAAGGGGUUCUAUGUAGUAUCGAUGUUUCAUACUCUUACCAGCGGGGGGAAGCCUGGUACCAGAACACACUUAGUUCUACCAAAACCACCAACAAAUCAACACUACGUAUCUACAGACUGGAUCAGUCACUGAAUAUAGUACAAAAUUAAUGUUUCUACACAUCUGUAUUAUGGAAUCAUCAAGUUUUCUUCAAACUAAAAUGCAUGGACACUUAUUUUACAGUCUUCAUGAGCUGCAUUAGCUGAUAGUUUACAUUAUAACUCUGUUAGCUUAGCUCUGUUAGCUUAGCUUUGUUUUUAGACAGAAAACAGCCACAGUAAAACCACUAAUCACCUCUGUUUUCUGUACGGUUUGUGUUAUGUCUGUUUGGAAUCCAACAAACAAGGUCAGAAGUGUCACAGUUUAGUCUGAACCAUGAAUCAAAAAAGAGCAACUUAGCAAAAAUACUGACAUCCCAUAAUAACACAUACUCAAACUCUACUUUGUAGAAGAAACGCUGCCAAUUCAUCAUCAAACUCCACUAUUUUCACUUAAAAUCACCUCAAGUGGAAACAACAGUUAUGCCUCUAUUUGUAUCACUUCUUUUCUUUGACUCUAAAAGUUGUUUCUUUUGGUUCUCAUCCCAUCUGGUCACUUUCUGACACUUUGGUCAAAGGCCCAGUGGUGUUAGUUUUCAUCAAUGACUCACUACUCCCUCUAGUGGUCACAUAAAUCCAUCACUGGAAAUAGAUUGAGUUCAUAUCUCAGUCCAAUACAUUGUCGUCUUUGGAACAGUUGUUUUUAUCUAAACACUCCACUUAAGAUAUUAAAUUGCGUUAAAAAUGUGUGCAUCAAAUUUGAUACUGCAGGUCUAUAAGGUGUUUUUUAAAAACGCCCAAUGUAUCAAAUGUGAUACAAAAAUCUAUGGCAAAAUAUUUUGCUUGGAUUUUGAUAAAAGGUCUAAUAAACAUCUGGAUUUCGAAAAUGUUUAAUUUUGAGGCUAGUUUUUGAUGGGACAGGUUUUACAGGGUUAAAAAUUACCUAAAAUCAUCAAGUACAAAUACUACAUAAAACCCCUUUAAGAUGGACAAAGAAGCAAACAAAUUCAAUCACUUAAAGAGUCAAAACAACACUACUUUAAACGAGUUCUUGGCAUCAUUUUCUUUUGUUCCUCUUCUCUUUCUCACAUCCACAAUUUCACACACUUGCACACACCUACUCGUGACAUUUUAGAAUCAUCCAUCUCCACCCGCAAACUGGAAGAAUCUACAUGUUAACAAAACAACAUCUAUUGUACAUUAAAUAAGCUGGGAUUUGUAUUUUGAGGCAACUUUAGCAAAAA